AUGUGGCGCCCAAAUCUCAAUUUUGUUAAACUACAUUACAUCUACAUCAUCUGCAUGGGUUUGUCGAGCUUCUUGUUCAUCUAUCCGAAUGGCAAGCUGAGUGCAAUCGAUGCCUAUUUCUUUGGCGUUAGCGCCUCGACCGUUACCGGUUUAACUACAGUCGAUGUUCCUGUACUGAAGACGUACCAGCAGCUGUUUCUGUACUUCGUCCCCCUGGUUUGCAACACUGUCACAAUCAAUAUCAUAGUUGUGGUUGUGCGCCUUAUCUGGUUCCGAAGAUACCUCAAGAAUGCUGCUCCUGCUCUACUCAGCAGACGCAGACCAGUGGACCUAGAUCCUAAGGAGGACCCGGAGAUUGCAGCUGAUAAUCCUCUUUCGGAAGUACUUGACAGAAGACCGGGACUUGCACGAUCUGUCACAGAACGCUUUCAUAAGAAUGUCGCGGAGCAGGAUGCACUGCCGCCGAUCGAGGCUCGGAGUCGGACAGAUCCAGCUCCUGAUCAUCCACCCCAACGGCCGGUAGAGAUUCUUUCACCCACAAUUAAGGAAGAAAAGGUGAAAGAGGGAGACCAGCACGAAACAAGAAUCACUUUUGAUCCUUCGACCGAUCACCAUCCUCGUCAUGAGCAGCAGGAAUCAACUCUCUACAUCCCCGGCCCUCGCGCUCGAGACCAAGGCCUUCCUUUUGUCGAGCUAAAUACCGAACGACGAUUCAGUCGAGAUACUCGAGAUGAAGAUGUCAUCGAACCUAUUUCGCGAACUCAGUCCACCCCUGUUGGUACCCUUCGCCGUAGACGCAGCGCUGGCCUUAGUCUGGCCCAGGUCCGUUCUGUCGAGCGCGUCGCUACCGUAGCUUCGUCACUCUUUGUCAUUGGCAACCCUGCCCAAGGGCCCAAGGAGCGUCCGCUAGCCAGGGCACCAACACUUGCCGUGGGAGACUUUCCCCGUUUAUCUCGUGAGGUUACCAUCGGGCGUAACUCCAUCUUUCACAACUUGUCGUCAAACGACCGGGAGGAGCUGGGUGGUAUCGAGUACAAAAGCUUGAAACUACUACUCAAGAUCAUCAUUGGCUACUAUGUUUUUCUUCACUGCCUCGGGGCUGUCUGUUUGAUAGGAUGGGUUCAGCAUGCUCCCAGCAAGUACGUUGACUACAUUGACAAGUGUGGGCAAAAUCGAAUUUGGUGGGCAGUCUACUCUGCUCAAACCAUGGUCACCAACUUGGGUUUUACCUUGACUCCUGACUCAAUGAUAUCUUUUAAUGACGCCCCAGCUCCCCUUCUCAUCAUGAGCGCCCUUGCCCUCGCUGGCCACACCUUCUACCCUGUCUUUCUCCGUCUUGUUAUUUGGGCUACCUCGAAGGCCGUCUCGAAACAGUCCUCCCUUCAAGAGCCGCUACACUUUCUUCUCAAUCACCCGCGGCGAUGUUAUACCCUACUUUUCCCCAGCGGGCCGACCUGGGCGCUUUUUGGAAUUCUUGCCCUCCUCAAUCUCGUUGAUGUCCUAUUCAUCAUUCUCCUUGACCUAGACAACUCGACUGUGACAGUACUUCCCGGGUGGCAGAGGUUCUGCGCCGCCGUGUUUCAGGCUGUUAGUUCUCGGCACACCGGUACAGCCAGUUUCAACCUUGCCAAUGUUAACCCGGCUGUGCAAAUGGCUUUGCUCGUCAUGAUGUACAUCUCCGUCUACCCAAUCUCUAUCGUCGUUCGAUCUUCAAACACCUAUGAGGAGCGCUCUUUGGGCAUCUACGAAAAUAGUCUACAAUAUGAUGAGGAGGAUGGCGGCUCAUAUUUUGUAACCCAUCUCCGGAACCAGCUGAGUUUCGAUUUGUGGUAUAUCUGUCUUGGGCUUUUGUGUAUCUCUAUUGCUGAGCACAAGAAGAUCAUGGACGGCAAUGAUCCAGCAUUUACAAUGUGGCCGAUGCUGUUUGAGGGCGUUUCAGCAUAUUGUAAUGUCGGCUUGAGUUUAGGAUAUCCUAGCAUCAAUUCGUCUUUUUGCACCAAGUUUACGACUUUUAGUAAACUCAUCAUCUGUGCCAUGAUGAUUCGCGGACGCCAUCGUGGACUUCCCUAUGCCUUGGACCGAGCUAUUGUCUUGCCGACAGAGAAGUCGUUGGGCGCUGAGACUAUCACCCAGUCUCACGAGUCUCAUGAAUCUCACGAGCAUCGUGAGUAA